UUCCAUUUUAUAAAUCAAGUGCCGGUAAUAGUAAUUUCUAUUGUAAGUCCGUUUUGUAGAGGACGAAUAUACUUAGUUUUUUUUAAUGAAUAUGAGUUCUGCACCUGGAGAACCAAGAUUACGUACUGUCGUUGUUUAUUGUGGUUCCAGUUUGGGAAAUAAUGAUGAUUUUGCUAAGGCAGCACAAGAACUUGGGAAGUCGUUCUUAAAGCGUAAUAUCUCCUUGGUUUAUGGUGGAGGCUCGCAUGGACUCAUGGGGGUUAUUGCUAAGACCGUCCACGAGGGUGGUGGAAACGUUGAAGGAAUUAUCCCUCAAUUUUUUUUAGACAGGGAUCCUGAGCGGAAUCUUAUUGGUCACACUGUAACUGUUGACGAUAUGCACACAAGAAAACAAAUGUUUUGCGAAAAGGCGGACGCAUUCAUAGCUUUGCCUGGCGGGAUAGGCACAUUGGAGGAGAUUGUUGAAAUGAUAUGUUGGGCAAGAUUAAGACUCCAUAAUAAACCUAUUGGAAUUAUAAAUACCCACAACUAUUUUGGUGGCAUAUUAGAUUGGUACAAGAAUGCUUUAAAAGAUGGGUUUCUAAGUCCUGAAGAUGAACAUCUUUUUGAAGUGUCUGAUAACAGUGAAAAAUUGCUAGAUGCUUUGGAAUGUAGACUGAUAUUAUCAGCUGCUGAAAACAAGCCUACAGAAACCUAAUAAACGUCUA